AAUUUGUUGUAGUGAUAAUAUUGAUAUGUCCCCUCUUGUUUCAAAGCAUGCUUUUGCUCAACCAGUCAAACAAAACCAUAUUCACAACAAUUCUUCCUUCACCUUCUCACCUUCACACACAACACAUUUCUUCCGCUUUCAGUUCCUCACAAGAUCCUCCCCUGUUUCUCUUCCGCCCAUAACGAAUGGGCAUCUUUGUUGAAUCAUAUAUAUAUCCUGCAACAUGAAAACCCAUUGAAAUAUUAUAACAAUCAUCGAUCGGUCGAUCUGUUGUGUUGAGUUGAGCUGUUAUUAAAUUUAUAAAGACGAAUUAAGAUGACAAACAAAGGAUCUUCGAAUAGUGAAGUAGUGAUGAUGGAGAUAGAAGCGAACAAACCGACGGGGAACGGGAUGGUGGUUGGAGGGCUGAGUCCGUUAAGCGAGACGAUUUGGAAAGAGAAAACGAGCGUAGAGAUGGUGGGAGAUGUGUCGGCAAGGCUGGCGUGGAAGGAUCUGACUGUGAUGGUGACGCUGAGCAACGGAGAGACUCAGAAUGUGUUGGAAGGACUGACGGGAUAUGCGGAGCCGGGAACGUUUACUGCGCUUAUGGGUCCUUCUGGUUCCGGCAAGUCGACGCUGCUUGAUGCUCUUUCCAGUCGACUUGCAACCAAUGCUUUCCUUUCAGGGAAUGUGUUCCUUAAUGGCCGUAAAACCAAGCUCUCAUUUGGCACUGCUGCGUAUGUAACACAAGACGACAACCUAAUCGGAACACUUACGGUUCGUGAAACAAUCUCAUACUCGGCAAGAUUACGGCUCCCGGAUAAGAUGCCGUGGUCGGAGAAACGGGCAUUGGUGGAGAGCACCAUCGUAGAAAUGGGGCUCCAAGACUGCGCGGAUACAGUAAUCGGGAACUGGCACUUGCGUGGUAUCAGCGGCGGUGAAAAACGCCGAGUUAGCAUUGCCCUCGAAAUCUUGAUGAGGCCAAGAUUGCUUUUCCUCGACGAACCAACCAGUGGGCUUGAUAGUGCUUCGGCGUUCUUUGUUACUCAGACGUUAAGAGGCCUGUCUAGAGAUGGCAGGACAGUAAUAGCUUCGAUUCAUCAACCAAGCAGUGAAGUUUUCGAGCUGUUUGACCGUUUGUACCUGCUAUCCGGAGGAAAAACCGUUUACUUCGGUCUUGCUUCCGAAGCUUACGAGUUUUUCUCGCAAGCUGGUUUUCCAUGUCCGGCUCUUCGAAACCCUUCAGAUCAUUUUCUUAGGUGCAUCAAUUCCGAUUUCGACAAAGUGAAGGCCACCCUGAAAGGGUCCAUGAAACUAAGGUUUGAAGCGAGCGAUGACCCUUUGGAGAAAGUAACAACAGCCGAAGCUAUUCGAGCGCUUACCGACUACUAUCGUACUUCUCAGUAUUGUUACUCAGCAAAUGAGAAAGUAGAGAACAUGUCAAAAGUCAAAGGAACGGUUUUGGAUUCGGGAGGCAGUCAGGCUAGUUUCUUGAUGCAGUCGUUUAUGUUGACGAAACGUUCAUUUGUUAACAUGUCAAGGGACUUUGGUUACUACUGGUUGAGGCUGGUGAUAUACGUUUUGGUCACUGUCUGCAUCGGAACCAUCUAUUUCAACGUUGGAACAGGCUACAAUUCAAUUCUAGCAAGAGGAGCAUGUGCCUCCUUUGUCUUUGGUUUUGUCACAUUCAUGUCAAUCGGAGGCUUUCCUUCCUUUGUCGAAGAUAUGAAGGUUUUUCAAAGAGAACGACUGAACGGUCAUUAUGGUGUGACUGCGUUUGUGAUCAGCAACACGAUAUCUGCGAUGCCGUUUUUGAUACUAAUCACGUUUAUCUCUGGAACAAUAUGCUAUUACAUGGUUCGUCUUCACCCUGGAUUUGUGCACUAUCUCUUCUUUGUAUUGUGUCUGUAUUCAAGUGUGACCGUUGUUGAAAGCCUCAUGAUGGCCAUCGCUAGCGUCGUUCCCAACUUCCUCAUGGGCAUCAUCAUUGGGGCCGGAAUUCAGGGUAUAUUCAUGUUGGUAUCCGGUUACUUUCGACUCCCUAAUGACAUCCCUAAACCUGUCUGGCGUUACCCUAUGUCGUACAUCAGUUUCCACUUCUGGGCUCUUCAGGGGCAAUACCAGAACGAUCUUGUUGGGUUGAUGUUUGACAACCAAACACCCGACCUACCAAAGAUUCCAGGGGAAUAUAUUUUGGAAUAUGUUUUCCAAAUCACAGUGUCCAGAUCAAAAUGGAUUGACCUUGGGGUUAUUUUUAGUAUGAUUAUUGUCUACCGCAUUAUUUUUUUCUUCAUGAUAAAGAUCAAUGAAGAUUUGACGCCUUGGGUUAGAGGCUACUUGGCAAGGAAAAGGAUGAAGCAAAAGAAUGGAGGCCAGAUCAAUACAACAGUGGCCCCGUAUGGUCUCACUCAAUCACCUUCCUUGAGGACUUAUGUGGCCGAUCAUAGGAAGAGGUAGAUGAACGAUCAUCCCUGAGUUUGUAGUUGCAUUUCGUGUUUGCAAUAUUAAGAGAACAAUUAAUUAAAUUGAUUAUACUCCUUAUAUUUACUUACGAUGAAUUUGAGCAUUCUGUAUUCUUACUAUAUUUACCUGCAAUCAACCCUACGUAUUGUCCA